GAUUCGGGACAGAGCCCGUGUUAGUUUCGGUUAGCUAACGCGAGCUAACGUGAAAUUCAGAUGUUGUAGCGUUUACAGCGCUUUGCUAACAGGAUGGCUAAGCCGUGUGAGGUGUCUGAAGACUUGGAUGAAUACGCUGUGAAGGACGCGCCUCCAACUGUUUACUACGUUCCUGAUUUCAUAACAGAGGCAGAGGAGGAGUAUCUUCUACAGCAGGUUUACAGAGCCCCGAAGCCCAAAUGGACGCAGCUGUCUGGAAGGAGGCUGCAGAACUGGGGUGGGCUGCCACAUCCGAAAGGAAUGCUGGCAGAGAAACUCCCUGAUUGGCUGCUCAAGUACACAGAGAAAAUAUCUGCACUUGGUGCAUUUGCUGGAAAAACCGCCAAUCAUGUGCUGGUGAACGAAUACAAGCCGGAGGAGGGCAUUAUGCCUCAUGAGGACGGCCCACUUUACCACCCCACAGUGACCACCAUCAGCCUGGGGUCCCACACUCUGCUGGACUUCUACGCACCUGUCGAUCAGACUCAGACUGGAGUUCCUCAGACCGAAGAGAGCCGUUACGUGUUGUCACUGUUGCUACGGCGACGCAGUCUGCUGAUUCUGCAGGGUGAGAUGUACGAGCGCUACCUGCAUGGGAUCCGCGGGGUUGCCGUGGAUACGCUGACGGAGCGGGUGGCGAACCUGUCUGCGGCGGGCGGGCAGGUGGGCGAGACGCUGACUCGCGGCACCCGAGUUUCCCUCACCAUCCGCCACGUGCCCAAAGUCUGCCGCGCCAACCUGCUGCUCGGCAGGAAGUGACUGCGCUCAGAGACCCCCUGAGUAGACUGUUCGGGGACUGAGAGCCUAAAGACACGAUGACCGUUUGAGGAGCGGAGGACAGUUCAGACGUCCAUCUUAAAGGAAACUCCAGUGUUUCUCAGCCUCAUCUUGAUCUGCUUCAUCAGUUAAAACAGCAGAUCCAGUUAGUUCUGCAGUUGAUCAGGUGGAGCUUCUGAACACUCAGCCUUCUUCACUACACUGAUAAAGAAUCACCACGACUUCUUCCCUCUGAAAAACUGGUCCCAUUGGUCCCAUUUCCAAAGGAAGGAAUAAUACAGGUUUACAGCUUUAGUUUAUAGAUACUUGGACUGAGCAAUUCCUGAAAAAUACAGUUGCAUGCAAAUGUUUGUGCACCCUAGUCAAGUGACUUGUUUUGUUGAUUUUCUAAGUGAAAAUGAGGCUUCGUUCACACAGCAGGUAAAAGUGGCCCAAAUCUGA